AUGGAGGGCACGGGUGGGCUCAGCCUGGUCCUGACCGGACCUGGCCGCAUGCUCCUCCUGGCCGGCACCCGCCGCAAGACUAAUAUCUGCGUCUCCGUCUUUGACCGUGCGGCCCACCCGACCUGGUGGUCGGGGUGCGUGGCGAGCGUGGGGUCCUACGUCUUCGCCUUCGGUGGCGUCGACCCGCACACGAGCCUGCCCACCAACUCCACCCACGUUCUCGACACAGGAAGUGGUGAGGUGUCGCGGCUGGACUGUUCGGCGUCGGCCCCGGCGCCGCGGUGGGGCCACACGCUCUCGCCCGUCGGCAAUCGGCUCUACAUGUUCGGCGGCGCCUUGUCCCCCACCAUCUGCACCAACGAUCUCUUCCUAUUCGAGACCGGCACGACAUUGUGGCGCGAGCUGCGGAUGAAGGGCGACUGCCCGGCAAGGAGGACGGGGCACGCAGCCGCCGUGGUGGGGACGAAAGUGUACAUUUUCGGCGGCAAGGACCAGCAGGGCCGACUCCUGAACGACCUCUACAUUCUGCACACGUCAGCCCAGUACUGUGUUGAGAGCAAGGCCUCUACUUUGGGCUCCCUCUACGUGCCAGAGAUAGGAAUGUGCGUGACUACCGGCUGGUCGGUGCUUCCCGUGGAGGAGUCUGCAGGCCUCUCCAACUCGUGCGACUUUGCCGACGGCUCGUCCAUCGAGCCCUGGGCUCUGUACUACGGUCGGCUGCACCCCAUCGUGGCGCCCCACUUCCGCACCCAGAUCAAAGGAGCGCGGUGCAUGAGAUAG